ACUCCAGGCUGGCGGUAUGUGUCCUGGCUACCUAGCUUCAGUGUAGAGCAGAGCCACACACAAUUACCACGCCAUCAUCAGCCCAACUCUCAGCCUGCGUCUACAUCUCAGCUUGACAAUCUUGCUAGACAGGUCCAGCAGAUGUUCCCAGAUGUUUCAUAUUCAGAUAUAUUGGAAGAUCUUCAGCAUACCCACAGCUUAGAGGUGACAAUUGACAACAUCCUGGAGCAGCGUUUAGUCAACCCUCCACCGAUGUUUGCGUCACAUGAUGGUCCCAGCUCAGUGUUUGAAGUACAGAAAGAGGAUGAAAAGAGCCACCAGCUAUUGAGUGAGCAGGAAGAGACAAAGGAGGAGGAGGAAGAUUUCGUAGAUGCAUCUCCUACUCCCUCACGGCCCCUGAGCCUGCCAGUGCCCUUUGAGUUAGAUGCAGCCACCACAGAGGAUCCAAGUGACACAGAAUCUGAAGGAAGUGGCAUAGGUGUUGGAAUCUCUGGAGCCGGUGGACGGUUUAGCAAAUCACCCCAAGAGCGAGAGCAGAUGCUGGCUCAGCGCAAAACCGAAUUACUGUCACAGGCCCGCCGACGUUUUGUGGCCAAGCCAAAGGUGAUGGUUAAUGGUAUGGAGAAUUCACAAACAGACUGUGAUAGCAUAGCAGACUCCUGAGUGAUGCAGAUACUAUGCAUUAUAGUGUGGAUCUGUAUGGAACUGAGUAGUCAUAAUAUACUUUGUUUGGAGAUGACAUUUUGGCAGAGUUGCACAAAUGUUGUUGCUGAUGAUUAUAUAGUUUGAAUUGGAAGUGAACAGCUAUUUGAAUGCUGUUCACAAAACUGGUCCACCCUGUAUUUUAGAUGAAUGGAGGAUUAGUUUUGAAUCUUUUCCCUGACUUAAUAUUGUUCUCAAGUAAUACAGAAAGCUUUUGAGUUUCCCUUUUAGCUUCAUACCAUAUUCAAAUGCUGUUUUUUCUGCUGUAGAAAAUGUCAUUUGCAAAUACUUUUUGUCUAAGAAAUACAAAUUAUCUUGAGUGAUGCAUAAAAUAUCAUGCUAGAUGUAGCACAGACAAAGUAGUAAAAACAGUAUAAUUAACAUGAAAGUGUAAUGUAGAUUUUGGAUAAUGAUUUAGACUCGUAGCAUCUGCUGGAAUAUGCUCAUACCAGUAGUUUCCAGAUUCAGAGUGAUAGGUACCGGUCAAGUUAGUUACAUAUCUUUUCUUGACAAUUUUGCUGUAACGUGGUUCCUUUAGAUAGAUAAGAAGUUGUAAACUGCCCUGUUUUAGAUAUGAAAAUAUUGUACUUUUUUUUUAUUAACAUUUUCUGUGAAAAUGUUUGAAUAACUGUAAGAGUGAAAUGUUUACAAUUUUUUCAUUAUUUUUUUUCCGUUUGUUAUCAGUUGCUUGAUUGGACAGUCCAGUAUUUGGAGUGUUUUUGCUUGAUUUCAUUAUUUCAAAUGUGAUUCUGAUUCCGAGUUGGAAAACGUUUUAUACUUUUGUGGUUUGGUAGCCUAUGUUUAUAUCAGUGAUUUCUUUGCCAUACAGAAAUAUAUAGUAAAGGGAAGUAUUUGAUUUUAGAACAGAAUAUUUAGAAAUCAUUUUUAGCAUGAAAUGAGAUGUGCUUAAGUAAUUUAUAAAAUGUUGGUAAAUAAGAAAACAUUUUUUAUAUUUCUGUGUGCAACAUUGAGUGUAGAUUCUCAAGGUAUCACAAGAUUCAAGAAUUAAUUGCACCAAUCCCCUACAAUACUACAACUUUUUUAGGUAAGUUUUCAUAAAUUGAUAUGGUAUGAAUCUGAAAGUAAAAACUCUUUGAAUAUAGAUGUCAGGAUUUAUGGAAGAGUGAAUUUUUCAUAUGAUUUUUGACAAGAUAUUUUCACAAAAAUACAAGAAGCUAAUUACUUGAGCUGGCAUGUUUUGAAGGUGAAAGUAUGCUCAAAUUUACAUGUCCAGAGACUUUAGGCCUAAGGCUUUUUAUGUCCCUGAUGCUUGUCUCUUUUGACCUACUAAGAACUGCACAAAUGUGAAACUAGAUCCAGCCAUAUAUUGCCAGGUACAGGACCGGUACCUCUCGUUGAUGUACAUUAAGCUCUGUUAUUUUGAGCUGUCUGUGCAUCUGAAUCAGUGUAAUCCAAUUCUGGAAUCAAAAUAGUUGUGGUGAUUAUCUCAUCUUCAUUAUAGAAGAAGAGAAGAAAUGUUGAUUUGCUGUAUAAUCAUGACAUCGAAUUCUUGUACCCAUGCCAAUUUUGCUAAGGGGAAAGUUUAUCUUUCUUGGCUAGCAGACACUAAUGCUUAUUAGGGAGACAGUAACUAAUCAUGUACUGAUUUUUUUCAGUGUUCACUUGCCAUCUGUCAUUAGGUAUGACCAUUCCAUUAAAGUGAAGAAAUAGAUUUAUUGAUCACUGAUGUCAUGUUAUUGCAUGUUGUCAGUUAUAGAAGAGUUUUAGAUAUGUGAUAGAGAACUUGUGUCUUAUAGUGCAGAAGAAGCUUCAUUUGCUACAUGUUGAACACAGAGCAUGUCAGAGCUGGAUGGUUCUUCUUUUUGUGAAGCCUUUUAAGUCUUGAUAGAUGCACAUCAAUGAUGUAUGCUUAGAUUUCUUGAAAUCAGAUGUGUCUUUUUUCAGCUACAUCAUGUAUCAUCAGUUUAAAGCUAACUGCAAAAUAUUUAAAAAGUUACAUGUUUAUUUGUGAAACUGUCUCUUACUCAUGUAAUUUGGAUGCAGUUCACAUGUGCCAUUUACACUGUGACUGUUAGGUAAAGUGUUUGUUCUUCAAGAAAUGCUUGAUAUAAUUUUUAGUUUUUAAUGUUCCUGAUACACUAUCAUGAUGUAAAGAGUAAAUUUAUUGGCAUUAGGGUUUUCUUACAGAUGUAUUCAAAUUAUUUUUGUAUUAUUUACUAACUCUGAAGGAAAAGCUUUAAUUACAUUGUGCAGUGUGAUUUGUAUCAGGUGGGAAGAAUAUUGUGUUAUGGAUAGUAUUUGUGCAGGAAUAAUUCACAAUAUUCUUUUAUCAAAGAUUUAGUAAACAUAAGGAAAGAGAAGGAAACUUUUAAAUAUAUUUGGUUAUAUUUUAAUUCAGACUUGUAAGGAUUUAUUUCUCAGACAUUCUUUAGAAAUUUAGGACAAAAUGUAGAUAUCAUUAUAUCAUCAAAGCUACAGAUAUAUUCUAUUUAUACUACUAAUGAUAAUGGAGAGAGACAUUUGCUAUCUAAAUAUGCUCAGUAAAUACAUUUCAGUUGUUGGAUUACUGUUUAUGUCAAGUUAGUGUGUCAUAGCGAAGCAGGAUAUUUAUGUUUUGUACAUGUGAAAUUUACACAUUAUUUUUGUUUUUUGUUUUCUGUUUUACAAUUUUGAAAAUUGUAUUCUUUCCGUUUCUUAAAUGUCAGGAGAGGAAUUGAUUUAACUUUGAUUAUUUGCAUCACUGCUCAAAGAAUUUGGUUAUAGAUAUUAAUGUUUUAAGUUUCAACAUUAUAUUUUCAUAUGCAGCAUUAUAUUUUCAUAGUUUCUCAAAGGGUUAAUAGAGUUCAUUUGCACAGAUAAUUUACUGCUAAAUGCCAAAUAUUGACUUAAUCUCUUUUUUUUAUCUAGUCAAAAUCCUAUCCUUAAACAGAUACCUUUAUUUCACUGUGACCCGUAGAAAACAGGAAUGUACAGAAAAAAGCAUACAGUAAUAUAAAGAUGUGUGCUACUUUGUAAACUCCUGGUUGAGAUGAAAACCUCUAAAUGAUGGACACCAUAUUUACAUAGUUUUUGACAUUGUGUUUCUCAGCUUUUUCUAUAUUUCACCCCCAAUGUCUAAGACACACCCUGAAGCCAAAAUCACGUUGACCAUUUACUUGGACUACCACAUACCCUUGUUACUACUCCUGAUUGUUAUCACUACCAUUUCAGUAUAAGUAAUUGUCACCUUGCAGUAAAUUAUCACCAUGAGAGGUAUUGUUAGUUGAAUAGCAGACUUGAUAUAUUUGGUGCAAUCAAUGAUGCAUUUCAUGAAUCGCUUUAAGUCAAUCUGUAAACUUUCUCUGAUUCUCUGCAUUGCUCAAAAAUUAAAUAAAGUGUUAACUUAAAUCACAUAAAAUUAGACCAAGAUAUAAUAACAAAGGACAGGAAAUUAAGCAUAUAAGAUACAGUAUGUGGAGCCAUAUGUUACAAGGUUAUUUGGCAAAUUGCAGACUAUAAGGUCAUUUUAAGUUUAGGAACUGCCAUGUUAUUUAUAAUUUGUGACUGGAUGAUCUAUGUGUAAGGAUGCCUUGCUGAUUCUCAAAAUUCUAUACACUUAUUAAUUCAAGUGUAAUAUCUGAAGUUCUGUGUUAAGUGCAAAUAUGAAAUCAUAGUGUGGAUUCAGGUAACACUAUUACAAGCACUGCUGAAUUUUCAUUGUACACAUUCUAUGAUCAUUUUUUUGUUGAUCUAGUACAUUUGUUUUGUGGUGCAAUUUUCAGGAGGUGUUUUAACGAAGACCAGGCUGUUUUUGCUAAUCUGUAGCUUACAAGCAAGGGAAUAUAGUACAUUCUCUAGUGCAUUGGCCUUUAUUAAUAGAAAUUCAAUACACUCAUUUAGUUAUUCCAUUUUAGCAUGUAACACACAGUUGGAAAGUUUUUUUUUUUUUUUGUUUACCAAGUUUCAAUAUUUUUUAGUUAGAAGAAACUAAUAGGAAAAAGUUUGUUUUCCAGAUAUGUUAUAUCAUUUUCAGUUUCAUAAAAUGCUUUAUAUACCAAGUGAAGUAGUACAGUUUUUUUUUUUUUUUUAUAUAUAUACAAAAGUAUUACUGCUAAAUGAUGUGUAGCACAUUUAUAUGUUUCAACUAUUAACCAUUAACCAUUACAACUAAAUGUAAAUCUGUUUUUUUCAUUCAUAUAUUUAUUAUUUUCUAUAAAUGGACUUAAUAUUUUUAUGUAACAAGGAGGAGGGGGGAAACCUUUGUUGUUACCGCAUGAGAAAAGUGUUAGAAGAAACUGGUACCUGAAUUGUGUAACUGAUGCAGGAAUAAGGAAUGUAGUAAGCAUUCAUAUAGGUAAGUGUAUUGCUAGCCAUAAAAUAUUGCACACAUAAUAAAUACUUUGCUAUUUCUUCAGAUAGUAUUUAGUUGUUACUACUAAUCCUGGUGAUGCUCCAUUUUCCAGGAAUAAAUGUUUUUUGGUGACUGAACAGAUAGAUAUAGAAGUCUCUAUUGUAGAGAUAUUGUAGCCUUAAAGGCUUGGUUUUAAAUGGAAAUUUUUUAACUUGCUCUAGAAGUUACAUUUUAUUAUCAUUCAAAGUACUUUUUCUCCCAACAAAAGAUAAUUUUUUAUUAAGAAGGCAAAGGUCUCUGUAGCUUACCUUUAUGUGUUGUAAUUCACUUUGAUUGGUGUUUUAACACAUAUAUAUGUGCAGUACAUAUUUGAUGAUGGUAUUUUGUUUCCAGCUAAUCAUCAAAAAAAUGAAAAAAUAAAGAAAAAUUCCUAAUCAAGGCAUUGUUUUGUUACUUGACAAUGUUCAUAUAUAAAUAAGUUCAUAUGUACUCCAUUUGUGAUUAAACUUUUCUGUAAAUAAAAUCUUGUGUUUGUA